GUGGCCAUCUUGUGGCGGCGGUGCGGGCGGCUGUUACUGCGGAGACCCAUCCCCUCCCCCUCCUUGCACCCCUGGCAGUCUGUCAGUCGGUAAAAAGUCCCGCAGCCUGUCAGGUGAGCCCCGGGCCUCGUGCCGUCGCUCUUCCUGCCGCACUGGGCGGCCCAGGCCGCUCCCUGUCGGGCCUCACUGCCGCCACCAUGUCCUCCUUCUCUGAGUCGGCGCUGGAGAAGAAGCUCUCGGAGCUGAGCAACUCUCAGCAGAGCGUGCAGACUCUGUCCCUUUGGCUCAUCCACCACCGCAAGCACGCGGGACCCAUCGUCUCCGUGUGGCACCGCGAGCUCCGCAAAGCCAAAUCAAAUAGAAAGCUUACUUUUCUGUAUUUAGCGAAUGAUGUCAUCCAAAACAGUAAAAGGAAAGGACCUGAAUUCACUAGAGAAUUUGAAUCUGUCCUUGUGGAUGCUUUUUCUCAUGUUGCCAGAGAGGCAGAUGAAGGCUGUAAAAAACCUUUAGAAAGAUUGCUGAACAUCUGGCAAGAACGAAGUGUGUAUGGCGGCGAGUUCAUACAGCAGCUGAAGCUGUCUAUGGAGGACUCCAAGAGCCCUCCCCCCAAAGCAACAGAAGAGAAGAAAUCUCUGAAACGAACUUUUCAGCAAAUUCAAGAGGAGGAGGAUGACGACUACCCUGGCAGCUACUCUCCUCAGGAUCCUUCUGCAGGACCCCUCUUGACUGAGGAACUAAUCAAAGCUUUGCAGGAUCUGGAAAAUGCCGCAUCAGGGGAUGCUACUGUCCGACAGAAAAUUGCUUCUCUGCCCCAGGAAGUGCAAGAUGUUUCUCUAUUGGAAAAAAUAACAGACAAAGAGGCAGCUGAACGUCUUUCAAAAACAGUAGAUGAAGCAUGUCUGUUACUAGCAGAAUAUAACGGGCGCCUGGCGGCAGAACUGGAGGACCGUCGCCAGCUGGCUCGGAUGUUGGUGGAGUAUACCCAGAAUCAGAAAGAUGUUUUGUCGGAGAAGGAGAAAAAGCUAGAGGGUGUCAUGAUUGACUUUGGCCUAUGAUGUUGGCCCUUAAACACCAGGCAAGGGUGGAAGGAAUGCUGCUGAAAAUCUGUGGGUAAUGUUUUUGUCAUGAACAUGAGAAAACCUAGAAAUGGAGAAGGCACGUGGAAGGAAGCACAAAUGGCAGCCCAAAGAGGAGGUUAGAGAAUGCGGAGGGUAUAGAAGAAAGCCCAUUCAGAAAGGCAAAGGCCAAAGAUACCAGAAAAGCCUUCCAGCUUCACUUCCAGAGCAAAGAGAAGCUUUGUUUGUGGUUGACAGAGGUGACUGCAUUACUCCCAGAUGUCUGCUCAAAGCUCAUAAGACAUAGCAUGAGUGGGUUGGAUAGGGUUCCUUGUCUUGUCAGCGUGAAUAAAACAUAAUACAGACAUGUUCUGUUAGCAUGAUCAGUGCAUGUGGAAGAGUGUGUGUGUGAGAAAGAAACCUAUUUGUACAAGUAUUAAGGAAAGAAAAAAGGUCAAGAAUCUGCAGUUUUACCUUCUUAACUGUGACUUUUUUUUUUUUUUUUUUUUGAGACAGACUCUUGCUCUGUUGCCCAGGGCUAGAGUGCAGUAGAGCAAUCUGAGCUCACUGCCUCCCGGGUUCAAGCGAUUCUCGUGCCUCAGCCUCCCGAGUAGCUGGGACUACAGGCGCAUGCCACCACACCCAGCUAAUUUUUGUAUUUUUAGUAGAGAUGGGGUUUUGCCAUGUUGGGCAGGCUGGUCUCGAACUCCUGGUCUCAGGUGAUCCACCUGCCUUGGCCUCCCAAAGUGUUGGAAUUACAGGCAUGCGCCUCCGUGCCUGGCCUUAACUGUGAAUUUUAUUCAGAUCAUGGUGUCUGACUGUCAGUGAUCUAGAACUGAAAGGAGAUAGUCCUGUGUUGACACACAUGCCACAUGGUGCACACAAAGAUGAUAUGCCACACAGGGAAGAGCUCUUGAGAAAUUUGUUCCAAGCUGCAGAUUUAUUGUUUUAUUGAGGUGAAAUUCAUAUAACAUAAAUUAACCAUGCACUUCAAAGUGCACACAUUUUGGUGGCAUUUAGUACAUUCACAGUAUUGUAUCAAGUUCCAAAACAUAAUUGUGUCUGGCUUCUUUCACUUAGCACGAUGUUUUCAAGAUUCAUCCCAUGUUGUAGCAUAUAUCAGUACUUCAUCUCUUUUAUGGUAGAACACUAAUCUGUUAUGUGGAUGUGACACAGUUUAUAACCUGUCUAUGGACAUUUGAGUUGUUUCCACCUUUUGGCUCUUAUGAAUAGUGUUGCUAUAAACAGUCAUGUGGAGGUUUUUGUGUGGCCAUAUCUUUUCAUUUCUCUUGGGUAUUUAUAAAUCUAGGAGUGGAAUUGCUGGGUCAUAUGGUAAUUCUAUGUUUAACAUUUCAAGGAACCAUCAGACUGUUUUCCACAGCAGCUACAUCAUUUUACAUCCCCACUAGCAAUGUGCAUGGGUUCGUUUCUCCACAUCCUUGUCAACAUUUGUUACUGUCUUCUUAUUUUAGACAACCUACAUGUGCAGGUUUGUCUCAUUGUGGUUUUGAUUUGCAUUUUGCUAAUUACUAACGAUACUGAUCAUCUUUCAGUAUGCUUGUCGGCUGUUUAUGUAUCUUUGGAGAAAUGUGUGUUCAAUUCCUUUGCCCAUUUUCAAAUUGGGUUAUUUGCUUUUUUUAAGUUGUAAAAGUUCUUUAUAUAUUCUGGAUAAUAUACCUUUAUCACAUAUAUGAUUUGCAAAUAUUUUCUCCUAUAAGUUGUCUUUUCACUUUCUAGAUAAUAUCCUUUGAUGUGCAAAAGUUUUUAUUUUUAUGAGUUCCAAUUCAUCUAUUUUUUUUGUUGUUGCUCAUGCUUUUGGGGUCACAUGUAAUAAUCUGUUGCCAAUCCCAGGUCAUGACAAUUUUUUUCUGUAUUCUAGGAGUUUUAUAAUUUUAUGUCUUAGAUUUACAUUCUUAAUCUGUUUUGAGUUAGUUUUUGUAUGUGGUGUGAUGUAGGGGGGGACCAACUUCCUUCUUUUGCCUGUAGAUAUCUGUUUGUCCCAGCACCAUUUGUUGAAGAGACUACUCUUUUCCUCCACGUGAAUGCCCAGCACCCUUGUCAAAAAUCAAUUGGCCACGGAUGUAUUGGUUUAUUUCUGGAUUCUCAAUUCUAUUCCAUUAAUGUAUAUGUCUAUCCUAUGCUGAUACCACACUAUCUCCAUCACUGUAGUUUUGUAGUAAGUUUUAAAAUCAGUAAGUAUGAGUCCUCAGAGUUAUUUUUCAGUAUUGUUUUGGCUAUUUAGGAUCGCUUGCAAUUCCCUAUGAAUUUAACAAUCACCUUUUCCAUUUCUGCAAAAAAAGUAAUUAAAGUUUUACUAGGGAAUGCAUUGAGUCUGCAGGUCACUUUGGGGAAUAUUGCCAUUUUAGCAAUUUUAAGUGUUUCAGCUCAUGAACAGGGGAUGUCUUCACAUUUAUUUAAGUCUUCAAUUUCUGCUGCAGAAUUUUAAAAAGCACUCUAGGAGAGUGUCAUUUACUGAUGCAUUUGAUAUUAUAAAGGCCCUGUCUAGGUUUUGGGACCACAGAUGGAGGGCAGUGGUAUCACCUUUCAAUAGUGUUAACCCCCACCUCUAGAAGAUACGAGUAUUUUGUGUAUGGACUCAACAGAGUCACCAGGGCACAGUCACAGCAGCAGCUUUACAAAGUAAAGUGACACAUAGAGGCCUGGAUGUCUAAGUAAAGUGAUUAGCAGAAUUAUUGAGCUGGACAGAACCUUAGAGAUCAUAUAAUCAGACUUCUGAAUUGGUGAAGAAACCUAGAGAGAGAGAGAGUUAGCUGCAGACCAGAAUAGAGUCCAAGGCAGACAUCUGGUAACUUCAUCAGAUUUGUACUUUUGUUUUGAUUUCAGAAUUUUGAUUCUGCAACAUCAACAGCAGAAGACAUCUUACAUAGAAUAGUAUCCAAAGUUUAAUCAUUUAAACAAUUCCCAAGAAUCUUGUUGUAGAGAAAUGACAUUUUAUGUGGGGUCAUAAAAUAAUUGCAUGAAAGCAUUCUAAGUGUGAAAGAACCUACUCUGCCACCAAGGUUCUAAGUAUCUGCCUCGCUAUACCCAUGCUCAUGCUCUUUCUCUGAUAGGAGGGGAGAAAUUGGCUCAUGAACUUAAAGCUGCUGGUGUUUCUCCUCACUUGGCACCUCCCCCUUGGCUGUAAUGACUACUCAGGAGUAGAGCCUCUGACUUCAGACAGCACAGCUGGGAAGGGGGAAAUGGUUCAGAAUCCAGCAUUGCCUUAUGACUCUUCAUAUUUCUGUUUGAUUGUGGUUAUAACAACUUGAGAAAUUCUUUGGCUACAGUGGGGGUGCUAAACCAAAAUGAUGGCAAAUUGUUGUUUUUGGCAGCACCUCCCUGCAGGGUGCAGAUGGUUAGAAGCUUUUGUUUCAAUAUUAGGCCAGGCAGUAGGGGGAGAUAGAGAGCUCCUUUUUUGUCAACUUUGGAGUAAAUUCGUCUUUCCUAUGAUGAUCAAAGCCAGUAUCUCAGUGUCCUAUUAUGGUAAGGACAGAUGGGAGCCGGCGAUCUAAUCAUCAUUUUAGGUAAGAGCCCUUGGGUUUAUGUGAGCACUUCAGGGUCACAGAGGAAGCCAGUGAUCUUCUGACUCCUAACUACAGUGAUCAUCCACUGUGUUCUCCUGGGAGCUGAGAGGCCCUGCCUAGUGCUGGCCCCCUUUUCUCAGUCCUCUAAACUCACUGCCCUUCCAUAGUAUUCAGCUCUGUCCUCCCUAGGCUGUCAGCUCUGUCAGCACCUAGGUUGUUAGAAUAGUUGUUGAAACAGGUCAUUCUGCUGCCAAGUGACUACGGGGCCUUGCACUCAGUCCUUUCCCACGAAGCAGGCCGUAGUAUGCUCACUGCUCUCCCUUGCCUUUCCAUCCCCUACUUUGAUGUGGGAAUUUUCUUUCUUCCUUCUUUUCUUUUUUUCCACCGGUUUCCCUCCAAUAUGUGAGGACUUUUAUUGAGUUGAUGCGUGGGCUUCUGUGAGUGAUUCGGAGUUCCUUGGAUUUCUUUUAUUCAUUUUAGUCUACUGAUCCUGUUGCUCAGGCCCAGUUUACACCUGGAGCUUUUAUCUCUUGGGUGUGUGUGUGUUUCUUCAUUACAAUGUGAAACCUAUGAUACUUAUUUUUCACUGCAGGAAAAUAAUGCCACAUUAUAAUGUACUUCACAUACUUAGUGACUUAAGAACAUGAUUUGCCAACAUUUGAGACUUUGAGACUUUACAUUGAAAAAGUGACACGGUUUUAAGGCUUUCCCAGCAAGAAUUCAUGCCUUUAGCCAUAGUACCGUUUUCAUAUUUGUAGCCCAACUUCUGUAGGCAGUGUAACCCCUGCUUGAUGGAACAGUGCCACUGAGUUUCACCUCGUGUAUGUAGCACUAAUUUUUCAUAUUUAUGAAAUGCAUAUAAUAUGAAGUUAAAACAGCACCUGGGCCUCGUAUUACUCCUGCCUGCCAGAACAUUCACUCUGAUUCAACUAGUACUCAGAGUUUUUGUUUUUGUUUUUUUUCUUUUUUUGAUUGUAAAAGUAAUACAUCAGAGGAAACUUAGUAGAUAAGUAUAUAGAAUAAAAUUAGUCUCAUUACCCAGAGAUAAGUAUUUUUAAUUUUUGCAUAUUUCCUUUUCCUCUUAGUUUAAAAUUAAACUGAAUGAUAACAUGCAGAUAAUUUUGUCAUGCUUUUUUCUAAACAUGAUUAUUUUUCCUUGUAAAUAAAAACUUUAUAAACAUUGUAAA